UAUUUAUGGUAAAAAAAAAUGUUUGAAGAGUUUACACUUUACAUAUCAAAAAGGAACAAAAGAAGAGGAGGUAGAUACCGACUAAAAAUAAUAAUUGAGAGACAUAAUCAAAAAUAUAAGUAAUGAAUGAAUAUUAUAAAAAAAGAAAAGAAAAGAUAGAUUUAUGAAAAUGGCGUCAAAAGAAGAGGAAGGAGAUUGAGUAUGGUUUACGCCAAAACAAUACUAAUAAAUAAUAAUAAAGAAAAGGAGUUGUUCUACCUUAUAAAACCCCACACCUUCCUUGUUUCCCUCUUCCUACACCGCACUCUCUUCUUCUUCUUCUUCCUUCUCUCUCCUUGUGUUUGGAACCAUGGAUAAUGUUAAACUUGUUAAGAAUGGUGUCUUGAGAUUGCCACCUGGAUUCAGAUUUCAUCCUACUGAUGAAGAACUUGUUGUUCAAUACCUUAAGAGGAAAGUUUGUUCUUCUCCUUUGCCAGCUUCAAUCAUCCCUGAGUUUGAUGUUUGCAGAGCUGAUCCUUGGGAUUUACCUGGCAAUUUGGAGAAGGAGAGGUACUUCUUUAGCACAAGAGAGGCUAAGUACCCAAAUGGGAACCGGUCUAACCGGGCAACUGGGUCUGGUUAUUGGAAAGCUACCGGUAUUGAUAAACGGGUUGUGACCUCUAGAGGAAAUCAAAUCGUUGGUUUGAAGAAAACUCUUGUGUUCUACAAAGGCAAACCACCUCAUGGCUCCAGAACCGAUUGGAUCAUGCACGAAUAUCGCCUCUCUUCUUCCCCUCCGAGUUCUAUGGGUCCCACUCAGAACUGGGUUCUCUGUCGUAUCUUCUUGAAGAAAAGAGCCGGUAACAAGAACGACGACGACGACGGAGAUAGCCGGAAUCUUAGACAUAUUAAUAAUAAUAAUUCGAGUGACCAAAUUGAUAUAAUUACAACAAACCAAACAGAUGAUAAAACGAAACCAAUCUUCUUCGAUUUCAUGAGAAAAGAAAGGACAACAGAUUUGAACCUUUUGCCUAGCUCUCCUUCUUCCGAUCAUGCUUCAAGUGGAGUCACGACGGAGAUCUUCUCUUCUUCCGAUGAAGAGACCAGUAGUUGCAAUAGUUUCAGAAGAAAUCUUUAAUUUAAUUUUCAUGUUGACUAUCUUAAUAAGUUAUAAUAAUUUUAUAUUAAUACGACUCUCUUUCCUUUAUUCCAUUUUUUUUACUUGAAAACGAAUCUUUGUCCU